UGAAAAAUAUUGAUGAUAUUUUAGUUUAAUGCAUCUUUGCGAAUUAGUUCCGUUAAUAGCUCCAUUAGCUGAUCGAAUGCACAAGUAGCAACUCUCAUUGACAUAACACAGUGAAGAUUACAAAAGCCACAGGAAGCUUUCUCUCCGGCCUCGUUCUCGCCAAAAACCCUCUCACAAAACCCACGUUACACGGUGCCGCUCUUUCUCUUUCUCAACUAAAGGGAAAUUAAUGGGUGGGAGAGGGAGCUUUUUGAGCCCAUUAAACGUAGAGUAGAAAGGUAUCUUAUAUUCCUUAAAAUUCGUGUAACUAUAUACCACUUUUGCGCAUAUAUAUUAUUAAUACAAGUGCUAAAAUUAAAAUUAUUAAAUUUUGUGCUAAUAGAAUUUGUUAUUACCGUAUUUGAUAAUUAAUAUGCGUUUUUUUCCGGGAGUACCUCUCAUAUUAUGGUUGGGUAAUGGGUAUGUGAGGGUCGAGUCUCUGGAUGUUAUUUCUUCCACUUUUUUUUAGUCAAGCAGCUGGCCCAGUGGCUCUUAUUUUCGACUCGCUCGUAGACAUCAGUUGCAGUUCGGAAGCGGAAUCGGCUGAUGUUGUUGGUUCGGUUCGGACGUGGAAUAUUUCACUUUUGCACGCUCCUAUUUUCGACUUCAAAGAAUCGGCGAACGCGCACAGAACAGACCGAUAAAACUUUCCCUUCACUCUCGUUUUCCGCGACGCGAUUUACAUUUUCAAGUUUGGUUUUAAUGUGUUGUAUUCGAUGUAAUUAAUUUACAUUUAUAACACCUUUUCAAAACUCAUGGAAUCGGACAAAAUCCGUUGACCCAUUGUGCCAUAAGACUUUUUCCCUUGCGUUUCGCGGAUUGUCGGCUGUCGGCUCUUUCUGCCCAUUUAUCGUGUUUUGCUUUGGUGUUGAUUUUCGUGAGCGACGCACACUUUUCUGUUUGGCCUUGCUGCUUCAGUUCUGGAAGCCACCCCCACCUUUGUAAAUCUCAACGUUUGCCGGUCCUUACCAAUAUGGAAACGGUGGUGAAGAAUGGCAUGGAAAACUACAGAUUUGGCAGUGUGGACUAUGUAGUUUUCUUGGGCAUGAUUGUAUUAUCGACGGGCACGGGAAUCUAUUUUGGGUGCAUCAAGAAAAGCAAGAGGAAGCUCGAGGAGGCGGAACCCACUCUUCCGACGACAAUGCCAGAAAGGCGCAAGCACGAUUUCGGAUCGGAGAAAAUGAGUGAGUAUCUGCUUGGGUCACGCAAUCUCAAAGUUUUUCCCGUUGCUAUGAGUCUGAUAGCUAGCUAUAUAUCUGGCGUCACGAUACUAGGCACCACCUCAGAAAUCUACAAUUAUGGCACGCAAUAUUGGUUUAUAGCCAUUGCAAUCGUGCUCCAAGGCAUAGCCGUCUCCUAUGUGUAUAUACCCGUAUUUUCGGCUCUUCAAGUAGGCUCUUCCUAUGAGUACUUGGAGAUGCGUUUUCACUCGGUGAUUAGAAGCAUAGCAUCGUUUAUGUUUAUACUGGACGAGAUACUGUUUCUGCCUUUCAUUGUGUAUGUGCCAGCUAUAGCUCUUAAUCAAGUAACAGGCAUUAAUCUCCAUGUGAUUGCAGUGGUAAUUGUUGUCGUGUGUGUUUUCUAUACGUUUGUGGGAGGGAUCAAGGCAGUGGUCCACACAGAUGCCUGGCAGGUUCUGGUGAUGUUCCUUUCCGUUCUUGCAGUGGCUGUUUUGGCAACUGUCUAUGCCAAAGGCUUAAAUGCCCUUUUUGACGAUGCAGCCAAAGGUGGACGAUUGAUAUUUAACAAUACAAACCCCUCGCCCUAUGUUCGACAUACCGUUUGGAGCGUUCUCAUCGGUGGUUUCUCCUACUGGACAUCUUUUAAUGCCGUCAAUCAGACCAUGGUUCAGCGCUAUAUGUCUCUUCCGUCGCUAAAAAAGGCCCGUGCUUCCAUGGCAAUUUUCACAAUUGGAGUUGCUGCAUUCGUAUCAGUUUGCUGUUAUGUGGGAUUGCUUAUCUUUGAAAUGUACAAGGAUUGUGAUCCUCUUAGUGCUGGACUCAUCACGCAUGACGAUCAACUCCUGCCCCUCUUUGUUAUCCAGAGUGUGGGUCACAUCUAUGGAAUGUCUGGCUUGUUCAUAGCUGGAAUUUUCGGAGCUGCAUUGAGUUCUCUUUCCGUAGUUCUUAACUCUACUUCCUUAGUGAUCCUGGAGGAUAUAGUUCGCGGCUGCUUCAAGAUGCAACCAAGUGAAAGAGCUUCCACCAUUUUGGUCAAGUCAACUAUCAUAGUACUUGGCUUAGUGGCCCUCUCACUAGUGUUCGUCCUGGAGCAACUGAGUGGAAUUUUGAGCAUUUGCACUUCAAUGACGGCCAUUGCAGCUGGAACCACUUUUGGCUUGUUUACUCUGGGAAUGCUCGUUCCUUGGGCCAAUACUGUGGGCACUGCUGUGGGCGGAAUUGCAAGUGCUCUGCUUGCGGGAUGGAUAUCCUUUGGAACGCAGUUUACCAUUGCAGCGGGCGAAUUAAAUUCUCAAAAGCUUCCCGUAUCCGUGGAGGGAUGUGUGGGUAACGUAACUCUUCGAGAAAACGUUUGGGUAGAUGAGGAGCAAGUUUUCCCACUGUAUCGACUGUCCUACCACUGGAUAAAUCCCAUUGGUGUUGCCACAGUCAUCGUGGUGGGCGCUUUAGUCUCCCUUGUGACCAAACCAACAAAUAUCAAAACUCUGGACCCGGAUCUGAUAUCACCAGUGAUUCACAGAUUCCUUCCAAAAGAGUGCUUUAGCGGUCGCAACCUUCAAGUUCACGCACACAAAAACCUUCUAAAUGUCUCCUGAAAUACACGCCAUAACAUCCUGUGCCAAGUCAUAAGGAAUUGAUCGAGAAAUUGAGGUCCUGUGGCAUUGAAUUCCACCAAUUUGUUUUGUUAGCGUAGUUUGUAGUAGUAGUUUCAUUGCGGGAGUUACCUUACAAAUAACCUAGUUUAGUACAAUGCGAUCCAGCUAUUGGAUUGGAAAACACAAACCGAAGUACAGGAACCUAUGAAUCUGCAUCUCCAUCUCCAGAGUGCACAAUCAUUGCCGUAGUGUAAAUAUUGUAUUAUAUAAUAGCUUUAUUUAAUUGAUCUGUUCGUAUCUGUUCUUCACUUUCCAGCUUAUGUUCAAGCGUUAUUCUUUGGCAUUUUCGAUUUGUAGUCAGCAGACUGUGUCUCAUUAUGUAUUCCGUGUGACUUUACAAGCAUAAUGUCUGUGAUAAAUUCAAUAAAUAGAUUAUCGAUCGAA